CGCAGUCGGCGCGCGGCAGCAGCACGGGAGCUCUCGGCCUGCAGAGGCCCGCCAUCUUGGAUCCCGCGUGCGCGCCAUGGGCCGGCGCCCGCUGCCCGCCUCGCCGCCGCUGCUGCUGCUGCUGCUGCUGUCCGCCUGCGCCGUCGGCGCGGGCGUGUUCAUCUCGAACCUGGACUCGGUGUGCGUGCGCUGCCUGUGCGAGGCCGCGUCCAACUGCAACGAGACCGUGGGCUGCCACAAGGGCUACUGCGGGCCCUUCUUCAUCUCCCGCAACUACUGGCUGGACGCCGGCGGCCGGCCCCUGCCGGGAGACGACCCCGACAGGAGCGAAGCCUAUCAGGACUGCGCUACGGACUACAACUGUGCCGUGCGGACCCUGGAGUUCUACAUGGAGAAGCAUGGGCAGGACUGCAACGGCGACGGCGUGACGGACUGCGACGACUACGCCUUCGUGCACUACAACGGCGGCUACGACUGCGGCAAGUCUCUCAAGGGCACGAGCUUCUACAGCCGCUACCAGCGCUGCCGCCCGGCCAAGUUCCAAGAUUGACAGGGCUAUCGCCAGGAACGUCCUGCAACAGAUGUUUGCAGCCUAGCCUUGUCAGUGACGGCGGUCGGAGGCUUCUGAUUGGCCCGGCCAGAGAAACAGAAACACCGGAACAAGGCAGACUGGACCGCGGUACAGAAGAUUAGUUCAGGCGAUCAGGAAGGAGUCACAAUUAGGUUCGUUCGUUUUCGAAGUUCAGCACACCGGUGAACACUUUCCUCGUGGACUUACGAUUUCGAGAGUGCACCGUGAACAGAUGCUGUCUUCAGUUCUCUAAAGAAACGAACUGUUAUCGAAUAAAGUCAAGCCAUUGAGUGUGAAAACAUAAGAUUUUUAUAUCGUUGUUUUUGGGUAGUUGUGUGGGUAAUUAUUCUCUCCGGAAGAGAGAAACAGGCUUUAAAUUUUUUUUUCCAAAACUUUGAUUGUUCCUAGCCCUAUUCUAAGGGCCAUCAUAAAAGGGAAUAAAAAAUCAUUCUUUUGUUAUUGUAAAAUUUGUACUGUUGACAGUAGGUUUUUUUUUCGAGGAAAAAUAUAUUUCUUAAAAUUCUCAACCAAUGGCCUAUAUUUGUUACAUACUGAAAUAUAAAUAUAAUGUCUUAAAAUGUUUCAACUGAAGUACAUUUUUCAUUAUUUUGUAAUUUGUUUUAUUAUUUAAUUGUUUUAAAUCAAAAUAUAGCUAUACAGGAUACUUGUUUAUUUUUUAUUUUUGGAAACUUGUAUUAAUAAGUUAAUUUCAUUUAAACAGAUAUAGCUAAAACUCAAAAAUGUUUAUUAUACUACACACAUUUUUCAUAGAUUUUUGCGUUAGUAUAUAUUAUUAGAUUAUUACCUUUUGGCUGCAAAUUGUUUUUUGGAUUUUUUUUUGCAUAUUUGUAGCAUUUAUAAUUAAAUAUACCACUGGAAUAUCGCCCAAAAUAUAUAGCAAUUCAUUUCUAUGAUUAUAUAUUUUUAUUUGUAUACUUUUAUUUUCUAUUGAAAAAUUCUGACAAACAGAAAAAUAUAACUUUGUAUUUUCUUCUUUUGUUAAAUUUUGCCAAAGAAUCUCCUCUUAGAAAAAAACAAACAAUUUUAGUGAAACUUUGAAAUUAAAGACUAUUACCAGCAUGUUAGGUAUAUGUAUGCUAACCAUAAAUCAUAAAAUCAUAAUUUUCUGUAUAUACUGGCUUGGUGCAUUUAUUUUGUAUGAAAAACAGCAAACUAUCAGUUUUGUAUUCUAAAAAAAGAAUUUAAUCCUUCUCAGGCAAGGUAAAUUUCCAGCAAUUCAAGAAAUACGUAUGAUUCUUAAAAAUGCCUACUAACAUUUCUUCUCAUGUUUACUGAGUCUUUGAAACAAUGCAUACAUUCUAUCAUUGGCUAUCCAAGUGCUACCCUUUUAAAUUGAUCACUACGUUAGAUAUACAAAGAAUUAUCUUGUGUUAUAAUAAAAACCAACAUUUAAUACUGAAGGCCAAAGUUAUGAAAAUAAUACAUGAGGAAUAUCUUUUAAGGACUGGUAAAUAUUUAAACUAUUUUAAACUAGGAAAAACAUACAAAUUUAAUUAAAUCAUGAUGUAGUUUACAAACAGUUCUAAUAUAAAUUUAAUAAUAUGAACAACUAUUUAUCGAACCAAAAAUAUUUCUAUCCACAAUCAUAUUAUACGGUGAUGUGUUUGUUCGUGUUGAUACUUACAAAUGUGUACUAUGUUUUCAAUCUCAACUGAAUUGUUAAUAGAAUUGAACAUGACGUCGCUUAGGUAAAACCAUAUUUGCAUAACAGUUUAAGUACCCAUUAAAGUUACCAAAUAUUCGACUAUAACACAAACAUUUAACUUGUUCGUAUUUGUAUUUACAAUGUGGUUUUGCAUUGCAUCAAGCAUACUUAACCUUAUUAAAUAGUGUGACACAGAUUUGACUCUAAAUUGUAUAUCAGGAUUUAACGUCCUUUUAUAUAGUAUACACUUUCACAGCAAUGCACAUACCUUGCUUAUUAAGACUGAUAUAUACUGUUGUAAUUAAUAUAUUUAAAGAUUUCAUUCAUCUUAUAAAUAAUUUCGGCGAGUAAACAUAUAAAUAUUGUAAAUUUUUGUAUUUUAUUGGAGAAUAUAGUUUAAAAUAUAUUUAUAAUAAUUCAGUGUAUUUGAUGUAAUUUUGGAGAAAAAUCAAUUGCAUAAAUAUUAUGGCAAUUUUUUUUAAGCCUUAGAUAAGUUCUGUAUUAUUCUAAGAUUACCAGUACAAGAAAACAUUGGCAUUAACUAUUCAUGUCUGGCGUUACAAUUUUUACAGCCCCUACAAGUUUGUGGCAACUAUUUUUAUAAAAGUAUUUCUGCCCACAUUCAUGCUACACUCUAUCUUUGUUUAUUUUGAGUUUUAUGAAUUAUUCAUAUCCUUCAUAUUUUAGUACACUACUUAAUUAUAUACUUUUAAUCAGUUUUAAAAAUAUUUGUAGAACUUACUUGCAAAUGUACAGUUUAAGCUGCUUAAUUUUUACUGGAUGUAUUUAAAUUAUUUUUAUUUAUUUUAUUUAAAAUGUAUCCUUGUAAGCUGUUGCGAUACUUUUACCAAUAAUUUACAUGUACAAUGUUGAGUUUGUGAGUUGUAUACAUUAUUUAUAAGCUCUACUAUAACAUUUACUUGUCAGGUCUAUGAAAAAUUCCAAGUAAGAGUAGCUGUUUUUUGGUUUCACACAUAUUUAUGAUCAUCUUCGACACAGAAACCACAUGUCCGUUUAUGAUGAAAAGGUCUUUUUCAGCAUGAUUAUUUUGGUAUGGUGCUGCUAUAAAUGUAGUAUAUACAUUUUUAUGUUAUAUGUUUGUGGAUAUAUGUAUUAUAAAUAAUUAAAUUAUUUGAGUCAU